AUGCCCGCUCUAGAUGCUUAUCGACGUUUACUACUACGUAGUACUAGGUACCAAUACCGGCUUCCUCUACCGGGUGGUGUCACCGGCGCCGAGAGCCUGGCCUUCGACCGCAGAGGCCAGGGUCCCUACGCCGGCGUCUCGGACGGCCGCGUGCUCAGGUGGGGCGGCAGCGGCCGUGGCUGGACGACCUUCGCCUACAGCACUAGCUACGCCCACAACCCGUCUUGCAAGGCCUCUCCGGCGCGUCCGGGCGACACCGAGGACGUCUGUGGCCGCCCCCUUGGGCUCCAGUUCAACAUCAGGACCGGCGAUCUGUACAUCGCCGACGCCUACCACGGGCUUCUCAAGGUUGGCCCGGCAGGCGGUGAGGCCAAGGUGGUGGCAGCCAAGGCCGACGGUGGCGCGUUCACCUUCGUCAACGGCGUCGACAUCGACCAGUCCACCGGCGAUGUGUACUUCACGGACAGCAGCACGUCGUACACGCGGCGGCACAACACGGAUAUCAUGACAAACCGUGACGCCUCCGGCCGGCUGAUGAAGUACGACGCACGGGGCAAGCGUGUUAUUGUUCUCAAGGAUGCUCUACCCUACCCUAAUGGUGUCGCAGUUAGCACCGACAGAACACACGUCGUGGUGGCUCAUACAGGGCCGUGCCAAUUGUUCAGGUUCUUUAUUAAAGGGCCUAAAGCGGGAACCUAUGAGCUCUUUGCUGACUUGCCUGGCUACCCAGACAAUAUCAGGCGUGACGCAAAAGGAGGCUACUGGGUUGCGCUUAACAGGGAGAAGAUCGAUGGAGAGGCGAUAGCGGCUGGCAAACACAUCGUCGGUGUACGCCUAGAUUCAAAGGGCGUGCAACGCGAUGAGAUGACGGCAGAGGACAAGAGCGUCACACUGUCUGAUGUCUCAGAUAAAGAUGACAAGCUUUGGUUGGGUUCCGUCGAACUCGACUACGUCGUAGCUGUAGACCCGAAGUUAUUAAAUUAG